AUGCACUUACCUAGUGGUAUAAAGGUCUUUUGGCCGUUGAUAACCUGCACGCCUAGGUUAAACAUGUUUGGAGAACUGUUUUCUCUAUUAUUUACAGGCCACGGGUUGAAGCAUCGUAUGUUGUUUUGGUUAUGGAGGGGGGGGGGGGGGAAACCCGUGCUUAGUCAUGACCCUCUCUCGAGCUGCCUAUUUGGGCAUCCAAACGUCCAUUGA